AUGGCCGCGUCCACCAUGUCCGUCUGCUCCAGCGCUUGCUCCGACUCCUGGCGAGUGGACGACUGCCCAGAGAGCUGCUGUGAGCCCCCCUGCUGCACCCCCAGCUGCUGCGCCCCGGCCCCCUGCCUGACCCUGGUCUGCACCCCAGUGAGCUGCGUGUCCAGCCCCUGCUGCCAGGUGGCCUGUGAGCCCAGCCCCUGCCAAUCAGGCUGCACCAGCUCCUGCACGCCCUCUAGCUGCCAGCCGUCUAGCUGCCAGCCGGCUUGCUGCACCUCCUCCCCCUGCCAGCAGACCUGUUGCGUGCCUGUCUGCUGUAAGCCUGUCUGCUGCGUGCCUACCUGCUCUGAGCAUUCCUCUUCAUGCUGCCAGCAGUCUAGCUGCCAGCCAACUUGCUGUGCCUCUUCCUCCUGCCAGCAGUCCUGCUGUGUGCCUGUCUGCUGCAAGCCCGUGUGCUGUGUGCCCACCUGUUCUGAGGAUUCCUCUUCAUGCUGCCAGCAUUCUAGCUGCCAGCCGACUUGCUGCACCUCCUCCCCCUGCCAGCAGUCCUGCUACGUGCCUGUCUGUUGCAAGCCUGUCUGCUGCAAACCCAUCUGCUGUGUGCCCGUCUGCUCUGGGGCUUCCACUUCAUGCUGCCAGCAGUCUAGCUGCCAGCCGGCUUGCUACACCACCUCCUGCUGCAGACCCUCCUCCUCUGUGUCCCUCCUCUGCCGCCCCAUAUGCAGGCCCGCCUGCUGCAUGCCUGUCUCCUCCUGCUGUGCCCAUGCCUCCUCCUGCCAGGCUAGCUGCUGCCGCCCGGCCUCCUGUGUGUCCCUCCUCUGCCACCCUGCAUGCUCCCGCCCAGCCUGCUGA